CUGUUCUCAACCAGCAGAUCCUUCACUGGCUUAAACAGUUUGAAUGACCCUGUUUCUGCUGUCCCCAGCACCCCGCUCCUCAUUAGUUACCAGUCUCAGGCUCCCGCAGAGGAGGAGGAUGAAGGUGAGGAGGAAGAAACAGAAGAGUUGGGACAAACGGAGACCUAUGCAGAAUAUGUACCUUCCAAGUCCAAGAUUGGGAAGCACCACCCCGACCUCGUGGUUGAGACAAGCACCCUCUCCAGCGUCCCGCCCCCCGACAUCACGUACAGCCUGUCCCUGCCGCGCUCCGUUGCCGACAAAGGGUCUCUCUCUGCACUACAGCUGGAGGCCAUCGUCUACGCCUGCCAGCAACACGAAGUUUUAUUACCCAAUGGGCAGCGAGCUGGGUUCCUCAUCGGGGACGGUGCUGGAGUUGGGAAGGGCAGGACAGUCGCGGGCAUCAUCUUUGAAAACUAUCUUAAAGGGAGGAAAAAAGCUCUGUGGUUCAGCGUCUCCAAUGAUCUCAAGUACGAUGCCGAGAGAGACCUGAAGGACAUUGAAGCCUCCCACAUUCCUGUGCAUGCUUUGAAUAAGAUUAAAUAUGGUGACACAGCUACCUCAGAAGGAGUCCUCUUUGCCACUUACUCUGCGCUGAUCGGUGAAAGCCAGGCAGGCGGGCAGCACAGGACACGCUUAAAACAGAUUUUGGACUGGUGCAGGGAAAACUUUGAUGGAGUUAUUGUGUUUGACGAAUGCCACAAAGCCAAAAACGCCAGCUCUACUAAAAUGGGCAAAGCAGUGCUGGAGCUUCAGAAACGGCUGCCUGGAGCGAGGGUUGUUUAUGCCAGUGCCACAGGUGCCUCUGAGCCAAAAAACAUGAUCUACAUGAGCCGCCUGGGGAUCUGGGGAGAGGGCACCCCUUUCAAAGUGUUUGAGGAGUUCCUGCACGCAAUCGAGAAGAGGGGAGUUGGUGCGAUGGAGAUCGUCGCAAUGGACAUGAAGGUCAGCGGGAUGUACAUCGCCAGGCAGCUCAGUUUCACGGGAGUGACCUUCAGAAUCGAGGAGAUCCCGCUGGAUCAGCAGUACAAGAUUGUCUACGACAAAGCCGAAAAAAGCCGCAGUGGGGGCCGGUGUUGGGCAGAGGCCUUGACGGUGUUCCAGCGGGCAGCCGACUGGAUCGGCCUGGAGUCUCGGAAGUCCUUGUGGGGUCAGUUCUGGUCAGCCCACCAGCGCUUCUUCAAGUAUCUCUGCAUUGCUGCUAAAGUCCAGCGACUCGUCGAGCUGGCCAAGGAGGAGCUGGCCAAGGACAAGUGCGUUGUCAUCGGCCUGCAGUCCACCGGGGAGGCUCGCACCAGAGAGGUCCUGGACGAGAACGAUGGGCACCUAAAUUGUUUUGUCUCUGCUGCAGAAGGCGUCUUUCUAUCACUAAUUCAGAAGCACUUUCCUUCAACCAAAAGAAAGAGAGAAAAAGGAACUGGCAUUAAAAGAAAAC